AUGCAAGCUUUACUUGCACUGUUCGUGACGAUAGACUUGUUCCUCUCAACAGUCGUGGUCAAGGCUGAACCAUACACAGCUUCGGAAAUAAGCAGCAUCGUCAAACCUAUCGCAUCAAACCCGGACUACGCGUCGUGCCGAUCCGAGAGCAACUACACGCUCUCGGCUUUCCCAAGUCCCUCUGCUGCCCAGCUGCGUGACUUCUGCUCAAGCUCCGCUUGUCAAGGCGUACUGAGCGCCACGUUGAAGUCGAAUCAUCUGCCAGACUGUGAAGUGCUUGUCGGCUCUCAAGCUUUCAAUCUCAUUGAAGUUGCAGCUGUUCUGGCCGCCACGUGUGGACCUGCUGUCCAUGAACUGGAUUCCCCCACGGAAGGACUUGUGGCCAAACCCGAUGAUGACAAUCCAGUCCAACGCGCUUCCGAUCGCGUUGCAAGUCUGCUAGGACACUCCGCUCCGAUCGAAAAGAUCGGCAUCGUAGCGGCGCUGCUCUCGCUCGUUCGCGAAUAG